AUGAAGGCCUCCACUAUCCUUGCCAGCGCUCUCGCUGCUUUCGCCACCGCUGCUCCUACUGCUAUCACUACUCCUGAGAAGCGAGCUACUAUCGACCUUGGCGCUUUCAACAACUUCGCCUUUGCCAACCAGGAUCUUCAGUACCUGCUCGCUAUCAACCAAUUCGACUUGCAAUCGUUUGCUCAGUUGGGUGCCUUCAACAACUUGAACAUUGGCAACUUCCAGGGGCUCUUCGCCGGCAACGGCUUUGAUAUCAACGCUCUUCUCCAGCUGCAGCAGAUUGCUCUCCUGUCCCAGCUUGGCGGCCUUGGUAUCUUCGGCAACUUCGACCUUAGCUCCCUCCAGCUCAAUGUUUUCGACCUCGGUCUCAUCGGCGGCAUUGGCGGCUUUGACAUCUCUUCUCUCAUCGACCAGUCCCUUGUUCCUCAAAUCCAGGCUAUCAUCCAGCAGACGCAAAUAAACGCUGUUGUCAUCAACUAA